AUGAGUGUUACAUCAACAAUACCAGAAAAGGAAGAAAAUAUAGCGGUACGACAUUUUCGCCAAUAUUUACGCAUUAAUACGGCUCAUCCAAAUCCGGAUUAUGAGAAAUGUACCAAAUUUUUAUUUGAUUUGGCAGAUGGAUUGAAUUUCGAGCGAUCCAUUUAUGAGUGUGUACCGGGUAAGCCGUUUAUUAUUAUGACGUUACGUGGACGUAAUGAAUCACUUCCAUCCUUAAUGCUUUAUUCACAUACGGAUGUUGUCCCUACACCUAAUAAGGAAUACUGGAAAUUUGAUCCGUUUGAUGGAAUAAAAGAUACAGAUGGGAAAAUUUAUGGUCGUGGGACACAAGAUAUGAAAUCUGUUGGUAUUCAGUACAUUGAAGCAAUACGAAGCUUAUUUAAAAAUGGCCAAAAAGACUUUCUACGAACAAUACAUAUUGUAUGGGGCCCAGAUGAAGAAAUAGGUAGUAAAGAUGGAAUGGAGAAAUUUGUAAAAAGUAAAACAUUUAUCAAAUUAAAUGUUGCCUUUGUUUUGGAUGAAGGAUUACCAACGGAAGAGGAAUGCUAUAAAGUAUAUUAUGCCGAAAGAUGUCCAUGGUGUACAUUUUCCUCAUAUUUUUUUUUAAAAAGGAUUGUUAUAAGCUGCAAGGGUAGCGCGGGACAUGGAUUGCAACUGAUCGAAAAUACUGCGAGUGAAAAAUUGGGUGGAGUUCAACUGAAUGUGAUACCGACUGAGAUUAAAGUAUGGUUCGAUAUUCGGAUACCACCAAUGCACAACUUUGAGGUUGAGACAGCAGUAAUUUUAGCGAUUCAAAAUUUUGCAUCAUUUAAAGAACUAGAAAAUCAAAUCAGUAAAUGGUGCACGGAUGCAGGCAGUGAUGUGACAUACAGCUUUAUAAAAAAUACAAGAAUCAAGGCUGUGACUCCAACAACAGAUGAUGACCCAUGGUGGCAUGCAUUCUCGUCAGUUUUCAAACAGUUAAAUUAUCCGAUAUCAGUGGAUAUCUUUCCGGGAUCAACCGAUUCACGUUUUCUGAGACAGGAAGGAAUACGAUCGAUCGGUUUUAGUCCAAUCAAUAAACUUCCUAUAUUACUUCAUGCUUACAAUGAAUACAUUACCGAGGAAUGUUUUUUAAAUGGUGUGGCUAUUUACGAAAAGUUAAUCGAGAGGCUUGCUAAUUUACCGGAGUAA